CCAUUUUGAGAGCGAGGUUACCAGCGCUCCCCUCCCCCUAAACCCGCCUGUCAGAAGUCCGCUUCUCCCCGCGGCGGCGGCGGAGGAGGACGGGUGGGCGCCUCUGUUUUGAGAUGCUUCAUGCUGAAAGCAGCAUAAGAUUCUUGGAGUGUCAAAAUGAAAUCACAGUUGAACCAUGUUCUAAAAAAAUGAAGUCAAUGGAAGGAGCUUAUGAGAAACACUCUGAUGAUGAUAACCAAGGUAUUGAGGAGGAAGUGGAUGCUGAGAGAACAUCAAAUAAUUUGAUACCAACAUAUGCAUCAGAUAACCAAGGGCAACAUGCAAUGCAGAAACAGGAGAAAAUACUUGCUGGUGUCUCGGGAACACUGAAUGAAGUGCUUCCUGAAAAUAAUCUAGUGCUUACUCAGCCAGUUGAUUCAGAAACUGUGCAGAAUGUAAAUCCACCAUUUGCAUCAAUAAAUGACACUAAAUUUGAAGAAACAAAAGACUCUUUUAUUACAGAUCCUGUUGAUGGAGAUAAUAUUAAAAACUACAGUGCAUUAUUCUCAGUAAAUGCAAAUGCAUCAGCUGAAUUUUUUACAAGCAAGGACUUUAUUGGACCAAUUUACAAGCCUGCUGAAAGUAACAAACAGAACACAUCUGGCUCUUCCAAUGAAUGUAGAAGCAGUGAGGGGGACCAGAAUGCAUCACAUGAAAACAGUGCUAAAAGAAAGGAGGCAAAGAAGAUGCAGACUAUUUCUUCUGCUGUACCAAAAAUCGAUGAUGAGCUGGACCAGUUCUAUAAAGAAAUUCACCAGCUGGAAAAUGAAAAUUUAGCUUCUAAUUUUCAGGAGAAAGAAACUGAAACUUCUCAGGAACUAUAUUCACCAUCUAACUAUAGUCAAACCUCGCAAGAGGGUUAUCAAUGUGCAUUGUUGGGCAGCUCACAACCACUGUACGAGAAUGGACAGUAUUUUGGGGGGGAAGAGAACAGUCAGAAAACAAGCAGUGAGCAGCAGUUUGUUAUGGAAACAAGUGACUGGAAAACUGAAAAUACUUUUAAUGGACAAGAAGACUCUAAAUAUUGGAAUUACUCAGUGCCUGAAUUCAGACCUGCUUGGCAGUCAAUGCAGUCUUUCAUAGUGCCUCAGGGCCCUCUUCCUCCUGGAUUCAACCAUCAAUCAAAUCUUCAGAUACUUAAUUCCCCACUACAAAAAGCAAAUGCUCUUCCUUCACAGAAUGGUGAACUUUCAUACAAAAAUUAUCACGGUUACCAUGGAAAUACUGAUACCAACAGUCACAGUCCAUUGCUCGAACAAAGUACCAACUGUGCUGGUCAUGUUGAUACCCAUACUUCUCAGGUCUUCAGAAAUGGAAAUAAUGACCAGAAGAGACUUCAGAGUAGUGGUUUCUGUGAAACCAAAGAGUAUUGGAAGGAUCCUAAAGCUUGCCAUACAGUAGGAAUGCACAGCUCUUCCUUGCAGUUACCUGAAGAAACAUUCAGUUGUUCAAAGAAAUUGCUUCUAAUCUUGAGAGGCCUACCUGGUUCAGGGAAGUCAACGCUUUCUCGUAUUCUUCUUGGUCAAAGUCGUGAAGGCAUUGUAUUCAGCACAGAUGAUUACUUUCAUCAACAAGAUGGAUAUACAUAUAAUGCUGCUCACCUUGGUGAUGCCCAUGACUGGAACCAGAGGAGAGCAAAGCAAGCAAUGGAGCAGGGAAAAUCUCCAGUUAUAAUAGACAACACUAAUACUCAAGCCUGGGAAAUGAAGCCAUAUGUGGAAGUGGCUCUAGAAAAGGGGUACAGAGUGGAGUUCCAUGAGCCAGAUACUUGGUGGAAGUUUGAUCCUGAAGAAUUAGAAAAGAGGAAUAAACAUGGGGUCACUCGCGAGAAGAUUGCUCAGAUGUUGGAACGAUAUGAAUAUCCAAUAUCCAUACCUAUUGUCAUGAAUUCAGUGGUACCUCCCCACAAAAACACUCCAAGGCCACCUCUGCAGCGAAGACAUAGGGAGAAGAUUUUAAAGAAGAGCUCUGAGCACCUGUUGGCAAAAGCAAAGCAGAGAAAAAAGAGAAAAAGAAACAAAAACGUUGAAGACAAUCACACAGAAAUUAUGACUAAAGUGUUAGGUGGAGCAGUUCAUCAUCCAAGUCCAGGUGAUCAGGGCACAUCAAUGAGUGAAGAGGAUGAUUUGGAAGAAGAAAAUGGCAAAGCAUUGUGUACAUUCAGUGAAGAGCCGGAGGAUCCAGUAAAAGUUUGUGAAGAGCAUCCUAAUGGUGAUGAUGAAGGCCUAAAAGAAGCUGCAGUGGUUUCAAGAGAAAGGUUUGUCGUUGCUGUGCCUGAGGUCUCAGAGAUGUCAAAGAAUGAAUUCAAAGAGGAGUUGCCUAUAGAAAGGGACAGUGCACUUCUAAUAGAUGCAAAAGCUUUUUCCGCUGAAAGCCUAACCAAAAAUUCAUUUCAUGAUGAGGAAACAAAUCAAAGGCACAAAGAAAUUCUUAGCAGAAGCAAUUUGCUGAAAAUAAACAAUGAUGAAAAUUUCAUCCCGGAAACAGAAGGCAUCUCCGAAGAUUAUAGCAUGCCACUGUUAAGCACAAAAAGCAAGCUGGAAUUGUAUCAAAUUGACUGCAAAACUGACACAGAAGCUAGGCUGUUAAGUUUGAAGGGUGAAGAAAAAGAAAUACCUCGAUGUUCCAUUUCAAACAAACAUGAUAUCGUGCCUGAUAAUAACACAGAGCACAAAGGUGCAUUAAAAGCCAAAGAGAAUAACUCUAGUGCCUGGGCUUUUCUUUCAGUUAAUUCACUAACUGAGAAAUUGCCGCUGGGUUUUGAUACACACCUUUCUCUCUUGUCUUGUUCUGGGGAUAAAUGUGUAGGUGAACAAAGACCCCCCAAAUGGAGGAAACCAAAACAGACUCAGAUAAACAGUUCAACACAGCUAAACUUCUGUCAGUCAGAUGAAGGACUGGUAAAGGAAAACCAUCAGGGAACAGUAACCAAAGAGGAUAACAAUGUAGUAAGCAAUGGUCUCUUGACAUCUCCAGCUGGUGAAAUGCACUGUGAUUUCCUUAUGAAAACCAGGGUCACCUUCAUACAGUGUUUGAAUGAAGUGAAUGUUCCAAGAAGUGAUGCUGGACCAAUUAUAUCAAAGAGGAAAAGAUACAGAAGAAUUGUCAACUUGGCACCAAAGUUUAAUCUACCAAGACAGAUUGCUGGUAAUACAGAGAGAGAGAAGGAAGUUCCAAUAAAGGAUGAGUUUGCCCAAAAAAGUGUCUUGGAAGUGGAGCAAAAGAGCUUUCUAAGCAAGGACUGUGGAGAGGAACGUGAACAGGACUGUGCACUGCAGGAUUUUUCUUGCAGUGGCACCAAGGGAACCUGUUCCUUGGCCAGCCCACAUGCCAAUGCUUUGUUACAUGAUAUUUCUUAUAUUAAUUUGGGACAACCUUCCUCUAUGCCAAAAUAUUCCUACAGGGUUUGUGCAGUUUCCACGACAAAGGAGAAGAAAAAACAAGUAGUUGAUAAAAGAGAGGAUGAAAGUGAACAAAUUCCUUCAGAGGCUACAAAUAGCCAACCAAAUAUUUUGUCUUCUGUUAAAGUUGUUUCUGAAUAUCUAGAAGAUUCUAGUAUGUUGGCAGGCUGCAGUGAAAAUAUGCAUGAAAGAGAUGACCCUGAGCCAUCAGAGGCCUCACAACUUGAAGAUAAUCAAGAUUUGAAUAUGAAAUGUAGUUUUCUUGGUCUUCCCUUAUCAUUAGGAUUUGCUUUUCAACUCGUGCAGCUCUUUGGCUCUCCAGGUCUUCCACUGGAAUCCUUGUUGCCAGAUGAUUACAUAGUUCCUCUUGACUGGAAAGUUUCAAAGAUGAUCUAUUUACUGUGGAAGACCUCUGUGGAGGAAAAACAGAAAACAAAUGGAUUGCAGGAUGGAAACACCCUGGCUGAUGAUAUUGUUGAUCUCGAAAAUCUAAAUGAAGAUUGCCAAGAGAAUGAAGACUCUUCUGAAACACUUCCAGAAAUGGAGCUGUUUGGGGGGAUGAUGGAGGAGAACUCCAUGACCUCCACUAUCACUGACUGUCCAGAUGCUGUGUUUCAUCACUCAUGACUGUCCGUCUUAAACUCUAUGUGAAGGAAAAGGUAAUCAGUCACACUUGUGAAAGUGUUUUAUUCUUGCAUUAUAUUUGACCAAGCAUUUAGAUAACAAUGGUUGUUAUAAUUUUUAGUGUGCAUUUAGUAUCACCCAACUUACUUGAGUAGGAUUUUUUUUUUCUCCAAGUUAGACUUGAGGGUUAUUUUGGAUUGUUUUGUUUAGUCUUUUAAGUCUGAAGGAGAAAAAGAGAA